GCAUGUAAUGGCACUGUGAUCACAGCUUGUAAUGACACUACCGUUGAGGCAUGUAAUGGCACUGUGAUCACAGCUUGUAAUGACACUACCGUUGAGGCAUGUAAUGGCACUGUGAUCACAGCUUGUAAUGACAACGCCAAUUGUGUUCAGACAUAUGAAGAACUCUACAAGUCAUUGGGGUCAAGUAUCAAUUACUUCAACAUUUCACAGGCCUUAUACCCUGCAAAGUGGCUGUCAUCUCUUCUUGUCCAUGUGACAUUGCAUGGAGCCAAUGGGAUAGAGAAAUGUAGACCAGCCAAGUACACGUGGAGUAUGUCAUGUUUGUUUGCUGCAUUUCCUGAAGAUGUCCUUGAAGUUCUAUCCCUCUGUUCAAUUCUUGUGACCCCUAGGACGCAGAAAUUAAAGAUACUGAUCAGACCAUUCUGUUGUAAUGUGUCGCAGGAGGAUCGUGUGACAAUGAUUGACACUGUACUAGCAUCAGUAAGUAACAAGGUUGUCAAUUACAUAAACUUAAAUAUUCUUUUUUUCCAAUUUGCUGUGGGAGGGAAGGAGUCCACAAUGAAAACUAGUGAUAUAAAAAUGUUUACUUAUCAUUAUGUUGUCAACAAUAAAUUUGAAACUCCACCUCUCAUAAAAAGCUCCUCCAUAUGUAAGCUCCAAAGGUGGGAGGAGAAUGACUUAUAUAUAUUAUUGGAAAUAUUUGGGAAUUGCCCUCAAAUACAGUACUGUAUAAUCAGAAGAGUACAAGAAUCAUUUAUAUUAAUUUUUAUUCAUUUACAUAGGUUUCAAGGAUCUUUUAAUCCACCAUUUGACUUGAUUAAGUGUUAACUAUGGGAUGUUCUUGUGCUGCAAAUUGGCAAGAUGCAGCAGUAGAUGUCACUCUUAAUUAAGUCUCAUAAAAGCCAACUAGAUAGAGGGGAAAACAAAACAAUAGAAAUGCCUUUUAACAAGUCAGUUUUGCCAUAUUUCUGAGGAAGAAGUAUAAAGGUGUAAAUGAAUUACUGUGAAACUCAUAAAACCAUGAACACCAGAAAUACUUAUAGAAUGUUAUCGUGUUGAGAGAAAUAAGCCAAUAAGGCGCGAAAUAACUAAACCGCAAACGGCAAUGGUAAUUAGGUUGUGGUUUUAAGGUUUGCUUUUGUAUCCUGAACUUUAUUGUGAUCGGGGGGGGUUACUUUAGGAAUUUCGGGGUGGGGAUGUGCCGCUGGGACCUUGGAACCCUUAACCUAUACCAGAGCUAGUUCAGCUAAGUUUUGCUACCCUAUACUAGAGUAAACUCCCCAAAUCCCCCUAUCCUAGAGUAGCUGUUUCUUUAGUCUAGAUAAAAUCUUCAACCAACUGAUCAGUUUCCUGAAAAAUGAUACCCUAUUCUAGACCCAAAUGUUCUGAUUUAUGUACCCUAUCCUAGAGCAAACUGCUUGAAAAUCAUACCCUUCACAGCGGCGCAUACCUAUAUAGCCUAUAUAUGGCAGUACCCCCCCCCCCCCCCGCUUUUGUUUGGCCACUAAACAAACAAAAUUUCCGAAAAUUUUCAAAGUUUUACAAUUUUUUUAGUUUUAUGAUAAAUAUAUAUUUUCAGAAAAUAAUUGACAGAGGUGCUUUCCAUAUUAAUUUCAGAUUUUUAUGUUUUUUCCUGUCCCCCCCCCCCCCCCGGAUUGUGAUUGGCCAGUACACAAUCAACAUUCCUGAAAUUUUUCAGGUGUUCACAGUUUUCUGAGUUUGAUGAUAAUGAUACUAUUCCAGAAAAGUAUUGACAGAGUUGCUCUCCAUAUUAAUUGCAGAUUUUAAUGUUUUUUCCCCAGGGGAAGGAGACUGGGGUACUAGGGUAUAAAAGUAAUGGGAACUAGGGGUGACUAAAAGCUGCUCCACCAAUCAAGGUCCAGUCAUCCAAAACAUACCAAAAAAGUCCUUUCUUUUUUUCAUAAAAUGAACUUAAUUCUUAUUGAUAACAUAGUUAAGUCAAAUAGGAGAAAUUACUUUAAUUUGCACUAAAACUGAAUAAUUGAAUAAUGCCAUAAGGUUUGUAAAAUUAUAUACACUUAGGAUAGAAAUUCUCAGGUUGUUUCCUCUGUGUAUAUGUAAGUUUGGGUACCUUUUCAUUUGCAUGUAGUUUACGUAAUAUGUAAAUGAAACUCCUAGAAAUAUUGUUUGAUAUGAAAUGAAGAGCCUGGGUUAUGUGUUUUUUUUUUCUUUCAUUCCCAAAUAGUUCUCACCAUAACCUUCCCCCCAAGGAAAAACCUACCAAAUUUCCAAGACAAAGAAAAGAAUCUUCAGUUUGUAAAUAUAUGCAGUAUUAACAAAAGAGAAGUCUUCCACCCCACAUUACCUUUAUACCUAACCUGUAGUAUCCCUUUAAUAGGAAUUUGCUACAUAGGUAUGGAUAUUAAACUUUUUGAAUUUUCAGACAAGCCUUUUUAGCUUUUUAGCACCAAGGCUUAACAGCUGAAUUAAAGCCACAGCUAGAUGCAGAUUUAAAAAGGGAGAAACAUUGGUUUGGUUUUCAUGAGGGAAUUAGGAAUAUGGACAUAGGUCGUAUUUAAAAAAUACCAUAAUACUCAUCGUUUUCCCUCCAACAUUUUGCUUAACCAUUGUUUCUAAUUUCUCUUGGGAAUUAUUAUCACACCAAGACGGACUGAUGUACUUCCUAGAAGGUAAAAAAUAGAUGUACUCCCUAGUAACUAAAAAGUUGCACUUUUUUCCUUUUCUUUGGGUCCUUGCUAAAAAAAGGUUUGCAAGUUGAGGGGGAACACACUGAUUGUGACUUGUCACUAAUAGAUAUCACAAGUCUGAAAACAUCAUGUCGGGACCCCUUCCUUCCACUCAGGGACCAAAACUAUUAUGUGGGGGUAACAGGUUACUUUCACAUUUUCGCAAGUGUACAUGUAUAGUUUUCCUCACUUUUAUGGUUGCGUUAACAUUACCAUUUAUCCUGAUUAAAGGAUGCUUGUAUCACUCAUUCUCAUUGUCCAAAAACUUAUUAUUGUGCAGGAGUUUCUAUUUCUUCCUUUUGUUGCAAUAACCCCACCUAACACUCAUGCUUCAGGGAAAUGACUACCCUGUGAGCAAAGGUUUCCCUCUUGCAUGGCUUUUAACAUUAAUCACAUUAUUAAAAGUCGUUUGUGUGGCUUGUCAGUCAACCAACCAUGCGACAGGCAAGCCACGCGAAUAACUUCGUAAACGCUAACAAUAAUAAUUAUGACAAUCUUUAAUGAGGAUACCUACUUCACCCUAAAGUGCUUUACAGAAGCUAUGCAAGAGAGAAACCUCUGCUUACAGGGUAGGAAAUGAAGGUGAACUGAGGCUAUGAACCACUGAAACAUUCAAGUUGGAAAGCAUUUACCCACUGACCUCUUCACAUUUCACCUCCUUUAUCUCUAGAGAAGAAAAUUGAAUUUUUAUGAAAGGGAUUCACAGCAAGAAGCCCUAAAGUGUGACCUCCUUCAAUUAACUCACAUUCUUUCAUGCAUACAUCAACCAAUCAGAAGUCGAGGACAGUGUCCAGCUGGCUUCUGAUUGGAUUAAAUCUGCACGAAAGAAUGUGAAUAAAUCAAAAGAGGUCACACUUUUGGGCUCCUUACUGCAAUUGUCAUUGAUAUGUAAAUAAAGUUGAAAACCCAAAUUUUUUUCUUUCAGCUUCAAGAUCUCGCCAUCAGUCCAGGAAUACAGGAUCCAAGCUUAAACACAGCAGAGUGUGUCAUUAAGGGACAUGAACCGAACCUGACAGAUGCGGGACGUAAAUCUUAUAUAAUAGCAACAAUGUGGCUCUCUUUUUGUUUCGCUUUCUUUCUUAGCCCUUGGCUCGCCAUUUAUACUCUCAUAUAUUUUGACAAUGUGAAAUGUCAUGAAAAGGCCUUGUAUAAUGCUCUAAAAUGGGCUUCAGUAACCAUGUUGAUAGUAGAGCUUGGACUAUUUAUUGCGGCUUCUGUGUUAUCAGGCCAAAGUAAGGCUCCUGCUAAGUGCCAUAUUUUAUCAAUUCUGAUAAUAAUAAUGCUUGAGGGGCUGAUUGCUGGAGGUAUUUGUUCUUUUAAAAAAAUACCAGAGCUAAAAAACUGUAAAUGCGCGGUACUACGAGUUAUUAUCUUUAUAUUGGCAUCCAUGACCUCUUAUCAUUUUUGCUGGGUUGUUAUUGGGGUUUUGAUGAACGUAUUGUGGGGUGUUACAGUUUUUCUGUUUAUUUAUGUUGUCAUUGUUUUCCUCAUCUUCGUACUGUAUAGUUACUUUCGCACUUCUCAGCGCACUGGCUUUAAAUCUACCAUAUGUUAUCUGCCUUUGUUACUUCCUGUUGUGUCACUUGUUACUAUAGCUAUUUUAAAUGGGCCAUCAUUUUUUAGUGUAAAAGAUGCUACAGAUGGUAUAAUGAAAACAGUUAUUUUAUCAGUCAUUUCUGCAAUUAUGUCAUGGAUGCUCCCCCAUGGACGAAAGAAUCAGAGUCCAGUACGUAUGAAAACAUUCAGAAGACUGACGGUAUAGGUUUGUACUAUAUAAGAAAUAAGAGCAAAGGCAAAUUAUUGAUCUUCAAAACACUGACACAUCACGAUCUUUUGCGAACCGAGUUCAACAUGAUGCCGUGGGAGCGUAUAAUUUGGGCGUCGUUGUACUAGGCAUGCGUAGAGUUUUUUAUGUGUGUUAGGGAUGUGUGAGUAGUGCACUACAGAAACGUUGUAUAUUUUAGGGGUUGGUAGAGAUACGUGAAGUGGAAGGCUUGGAGUUAUAUUGGACGUGAAUUGGUAAGAUAAUGGCUGUAGUUUGUUAAUCAGUGAAACUUGUUUCUCGUAGAAUUUAAUAUGAAGUAACAAAAAAAACUAUUUUGGGAGGUGAAAGUGAUUUUUGGUUAUGCAGUGAGGUAGUUGUGGAAGUGCUAAUUUGGUUAUGAAGGGAUAGUGUGUGGAAAGUCUUAUCAAUACUUGAAAACAUACUUGAUGUACUUACUUUAAACGUUGUUAGGCUUUCUGUUUCAGUCGAAUGCUGAUAACUCGAGCCUUCAAGAGAAAUCGAAAAAAGUUCGAGUUAUCGGGAGCAAGAACCAAUUAGCCGGAAGUAAGGGAAAAACUAGUUUUUACUGUACAGUGAACAUUUUAAUCGCAUUUAAUUGUAGAAAAGGUAGGUGAAAAUUGAAAGAUACUUCUGAGUACGGGCUCAUUUUCCCGAAAGCGGCUGAUAAUCAAGCCUAAUCACAACGUAAACGCAACAAAACAUAACCUAAGGCCCGGUUCAGACGCCGCACUUUUCAUGAGCCGAACCUAAUACAUUGAAUUAAGUACAUGAAAAGUUCGGCGUCUGAAUCGGGCCUUAAUAGAAUGUUUCGGACGCCGGCGCACUGUUUUUUUCUCCGACUUUUUAAAACGCUCAAUACGUGGUUCGAGUUAUCCAGGGUAAAAUUAUGUAGAAAUGAUCUGAGAGAAAACAAAAAUUACUACGAGUUAGCGGGAGGUUCGAGUUACCGAGGGUAAAAUUACAGUAAAUGUAUGACGGAAAUCCCGAGUUAUCGGGAUUCAACUGUAUUUGUAUGGAGAGAGUAUGGAUAAGGCCAGAAGUUCAUUUAAUAUAGAAAAUGGGGUAUGAAGAUGUUAAGGGGGGGCUAAAAUUUUGUGUCUGAGCUCGGGGGCUUUGAAAAAGCGGUGAGGUCAAGGGGAGGGCGUAAAAUCUGUCUAUAGAACUAAGGGCCUGAUUAUAUGAGCCGGGUUGGUUCGCUUUGCAGAGAUCCCGGCACCUUGGUUAAACGCAAGAAAAAUCAACUUUGUGAUUAUCUUACAACCGAGCCAGCCCGGCUAGCUGGUAUCCCAGUAUUGUGAUGCAGGGAUCCCGAGUGGAAAUUUUCCAAGUAAUUACGCUUGGGGGGGCGGCCCGGCGAAUGAACCAAGCGGGUAACACACUGUUCAUGUGCAUUGCUUCCCCGGCUCGUGUGAUCAGGCCCUUACUGUGAGUUGUCUUGUCACGCAGUUUGCAAGUGAAAGGUUUGGAAUUUGCCACUUUCGUGGUUCGUGUAUGAGAGAAUACGGUUGUUUACCAUUUACAUGGGCAAACCGGUCGGUCCACGGUGGGCAAAUGGUAGUCAAAAUUCAGGGCUGGUUAAUUUCGUCCCGCAAUCUCUUUUACCAUUUUUACAAAUCAGUUCCAUUUACCAAAAGACGACUGCGAACGCCUGAACCCGGUAUAAAAGUUGGCUUUGAAGUAAUGGAACACGAAUUUUCGUUUGGAAUAUUCCGUCCGGAAAAACAGGACUAUUCUUUCAGAUAUUCCGUGAGCCCGGAAAUUUUUCGAUGGAACGACCCAAAAAGUCCUUUUCCAUUUACUUCCAACCGGAUUUUCCGGGAAAUUAGGUAAAUGGUAAACAGCCUACGACUUAAUGUAAUUAACCCAAGGGUUUUAAAAAUAGACUGCGGUUUGCGCUUGAAGAUGUUUGACUCUGCCUCUUUUACGGCUUAUUUUACGAGGUCAUUUUACUCAAUAAGAUUUUAAGAAAUCGCCUCCUUUCCGAAAAUAUGCAAUGAAAUUGUACAUCAUUUAAUGUUACCCUUAAUAAUCUCGUGCACGAGAUAAGGGAAGUCUGCGUGACAUCUUCUUUGGCGCUCGAAAACUGAGAGUAAAACUAUUGUCAAACUCUUGGCAAUAAGGCAAACCAUUCACACCGUGUGCUGCGAGGGCGAUUAUUUUCCAAAUGGAAAAUUUAAAUUAUUUUGAAAUAGUUUGUUUCACUCAGUGUACUUUGUUUUUUCCAAACAGUUUGUUUUCUAUUGCUGAUUUGUUUGCCGUGCGUUAUCUGUGGGUCGUAUGUAACGAAGAUAAAUGCUGUGUUGUGACACAGCGCGCGGCAGACAUUCGCGUCGCUUGGCUUGCUUACUUGGCUUGUCUACCUUCGCACGUAUUGCGUGCCUAUUGCAACUUUGAAUGAGAACGAGCGAACUCGAUUAGUCAAUUUGGGCGACGCCAAAAUAAUAAUACAAUAGAUCAGGAAACGUGGAGCCUCGUUUCCCAAAGAAAGAGACCUAACUGCUUAUGAACAGACCAUCAUCCGCUGGCGAUCAUCUGCGCGAAAAUAUUAAUUGAAUUAUAAUAACAUUAACUGGCUGUACCAAAACAGCCUUUUUUGUACUAUAGAUAGAUAAUCCGUGAUAAAUAAUACGCCUGG